AUGUCAUUGACAUCAAAACUAUCUGUUUCAAUAAAAAAGUGUGUUUCAUUUACAGCAGACAAACUAUUCGAGAAAGCAAGAGGAGCUCUUCAAGAUUCAGGGAGACUCCAGAAGUGGACUGAACUUAGCAGGAAUGCCACUGACAGGACUAUUGAUGAAAUAAUUGACCAACCGACGAUGGAUAGUGUACUGUUCCUGCAAGAUAGAUUCGAAAUCCUGAUUGAUGCUAGAGGAUUUAGACCUGAAGACGUCAAGUGCUCUUUGACCAUAAACUUGGUGGAGGUGGCUGCCCAAAAAUACGAAAAGUUUAACGCCGGUAAUAAAAGCAUGACCUUAACAAGAAGCUACCAGUUACCGCAACCUAUUAAACCUGAAGAGGGUAUCUGCUGCAUGUCUUCUGAGGGGAUAUUGCUAAUAUCAGCACCUUGGCUAAGAUAA